GUGUGUGUGUUUGCAGGGCAGCAGCUGCUCGGGUUUCAUGGGAGGCUGCAGUGAGUUGCAUCGCCGAGGCGUUGCAGGAUGAGAAGUGUCCGUGUCCGCCAUGACUCUGAGAUCCACGCUGUUUGCACACACAGGGAUCGAGCAGGACGCUGACUCCACAGACUUCGAGCAGACGCACUUCGGGGGUCCCGUGAGCCUCCAGAGGGAGUCCUGUGACUUUGUCCUCGAUGUUCAAGACGCACACAGGGGCGAGAGCAGAUCUAAGGACUUAGACCAGGUUUACAUGACAAGUAAAGUCCCCCUCGCUGCCACGGUUGCAGAUCUGGUUCAAGGAGACAGUAAAAGUGUGGGGGUGUUGUCCCCUGUCAGACCGAUGGGGGGUGAGGGAACCCCAGUGAAAGGUAAACCCCUCUCUGCUGACACUAUGGAUAACCCUCAGAUGGCUGUGAACAACAAGGAUGCCGGUGCCGACGACAGCGUGAAGGGGGUCGUCCCCGGAGUCCUCGGCACCGCAUCCAUCGAACUCUCGUCCGAGGGCAAGUGGAGGAACAUCAGGAAGACCCCUGCGAACCCCCACACGCAGGCCAACUGCCUCCGACAGAUCCUCCUCCUCCAACUGGACCUCAUUGAACAGCAGCAACAGCAGCUGCAGUCCAAGGACAAGGAGAUCGAUGAGCUCAAAGCAGACAAAGAGACGCUGCUGGCACGUAUUGAGCGCAUGGAGCGUCGCCUGCAGCUCACGAGGAAAGACCCGCCGCGUGACAAGCGCCUUUUCCAGCCCCUGGAGCCGUGGACCCCUGACAAGGAGGACAUGUGGGAUCUGGACGCGGAAGAGAGUCCGCAGCCGAACGCAGCCGCUCAGCAUCCUUUUAGUCGGGGUGGCAAAGGUCAAAAGAGGAAAUCUUGCUUCGGGGAUGCAAAAGUCCAGAAAUCACGGGGCAAAAGUGCCAAGCUUAGCCCCCAGAAGCCUGACAUUCAGCCCGGCUCUCCCAACCACAGAGAGCUGCGCAGUAAGGAAACCCCAGAGAAGACCGUCCCCAUGAGGUCAGGGGCAGAAAGGGACAUUAUGCUCCCGUGCAAAGAGGAGCCCGAGCUGAGCUGUCAGAUUGAAGAUCUGCCCUUCAUGUCUACUACAGAGAUGUACCUCUGUUGCUGGAACCAACCUCCUCUGUCCCCUCUGCGUGAGACUUCCCCUAAAAAGGAGGAAGAGGUGGCCAGUGAGUGGACUCCUCAUGUAGUACAUGAUAUGCUGAUUGUUUUUCCGUCUUGGAGGGAAAAUCCUAUAGAGCCCCUGGACGAGGACCCGUCCUCCACCCCCCCAGAGCCGCUGGAUGACAAUGUGUUUUUGAAACGCCACUUGAAGCUGGAGUUGGAUGAGAAGAGGAGGAAAAGAUGGGACAUCCAGCGAAUCAGAGAGCAGCGCAUGUUUCAGCGUCUGCAGCAGCGCAUGAACCGGAAGAAAGUCGUCCCGGAGACGGAGCCAGAGCUGUCGUCCUUCUAUCCCGACACUGAAGACGUUGAAACUAUAGUGAUCACUCCCUUCUUGCCCGUGGUUGCAUUUGGCCGGCCGCUGCCCAAACUCUCACAACAGUAAGUUUGAGCUGCGUUUGUUGUUUUUCUUUUUUAAUUCAG